AUGGCAACACCGACCGCUUCAAAACACCCCCAGGUGGUUGCGACUCCGCCAGUAUCAACGCCCUUUUCAACCCACCAUCCCCAGAACCCAGCAUUCUCUCCUCACGGCCCCCGCUCUGUCGUUCCGUCGCCCCAGCAAGUCAAAAAGAGCCCCGCGAACUCUUCGACGCUAUAUGGAUAUGGUAGUGGAGCAGGUGGUGGGGGUGCAGGCGGGUUUGGAGGAGGGUACGACAGUCCAUCCGCCGCAAUGGCGUUGGGAGGUGUGGACUUGGAGGGAAUGGGAAUGGGCCAUGGCCUUGGUGGUGUAUUGGGCGGUCGACAGGUAGAAGACGAGAGGAGGAGAAAAUUAGAGGAUGUUAUUUCGAUACUGUCAGUCAGUAAGGGCCGUUUGAGUGCUGCGGGCGUGGAACGUUUAGCACAGCGAUUGGGGCUGGAGAUCAUGUGGCAGGAUAAUAUGAGAGAUGGAUCGAAAACGCUGAUUAUUGCUGGUCCUGCGCAUUUGGCGCUUGAUAUCGACUUUAUGAGUGAUGUGGUUCAGAAGGUUGCGCUUUCGUUUCCUGAUUCGCCUGAUAUUGUUACGAGGCAUACGGAGAAAGCUGGGAAUAUCUUGUUGGAGGAUCUGAAAAUUGGGCCAGAGGAAAGCACGUUGACGAAAUCGCUGAACCGGUUUGCUGCGAAUCUGGAGAGGCUGGCUGCUCUCGACAAGUUGAGUGGGAAUCCGGGGCUUAAUUGUCAUGAAGCUAUCGCGGGUAUUUAUGAAAAUCUUGAAAAAUUACAUGAGUGGGAGGUUCAGAAAGUCAAAGCGGACUCAGAUAUGGCGAAGAAAGAUCAUGAGUUUGUGCAAAGGGCAGUAAUGUGCACACGGAGUGGCAAGCCGGUUAUGCACUCGAGAGACCGCCUAGGACUGAGUCUGGAUUAUUGGCAGAACAAAAGGAUGAUUACUAGGAAAAGACUGAAGCAUGAGGAAGAAAAAACUUGGUCUUUGUUGGUGGAAUGCGCGCCAUUACCUUCACUUACCGUCUUCCCGCCACUGAGAGUUUCGCAAGAGUGGAUUUCCCAAAAGAUUGUUCGAGACACUGCUGCAAACGACAUAUUUGCCGAGGCCCUUCAGCCCCAGCUCGACUGGCAAGAGCCAGAUAGUACGGUUGUCCCUGCGAAAGCCGACGCCAUGGGAGGCGUUGAGGGUUCAAAAGAAAAGGUUCUGGAUGUUAUCUUUAUGGCCAAAUUUGACCCACCCCUAAUCGUUCCAUAUUCCAUGGCAAUGACCAUUUACAACUCAACAAACGCACCCUUUGACAUGUAUCAAACUAGCAGGUUUGACGGUCUUAUGUUUCCGCACUCCGGUGACUUAGUGGACAGUAACGCGUCGAGGACGAUCAAUUCCCAGACCACAAUUCAAAUACCUGAGAGGGAGGGUAGGGAGGGCCAGACUCGAAUACACAAGAAUACGCUCUUGAUCGAUAAGAUUGGUUAUGGUCGUACCCUCACAGAGCUGCCGUUUUCACAUCCCCAGCAGUUGGUAGCCAUGUUGCCUUCUCUUCGCAAAUAUGCGUUUCUCUCUUCACUCCUUUUGAAAACUUUCGGACCGGGUCUGGAGCCGACACCCAUUUCUGCGGGACCUCAAAGCACGAUUCUGAGUAAAUCGGAUGAGUUCUCCAAAUUCAUGAGCAACGAAUUCAAGCCCGCCACUACGUUUACCAAGUCAGAUCUCUCACUAGACGCAAUGCUACAAAUCGACUCUGAAAAGGUGAGAUUGCGAGUAAUCUUUCCAAUGCGGAAGGAGAAAGCCGAUCUACAGAUCCAGAUCAAGCUGAACGGUGCUGUGGAGAUCGAAAGUGAAAAUGUGUUAAACAAAGAUGAAGGAACGGGGAAGAGCCUGAAGAAGGAAGAUCUGGCUAGAGCACUUGAAGUCUGCGAGGACUUAGGGAUAUGGGCUGAAUUCAUUAGGUGGCGUUUGGCUUAG